UUUUCCUUCCAGAAUAUACGGGUGAGUCUUCAGAGUAGAUUCAACAUUCGUAGUUUACCAUGCUUUAUUUAUCCUGGUUUGAUCGUAAAAGAUAAAUUCAUCAUUCCGUGUCAUUGUUAUAGAUUAAUAGGCUAUAGUUUAUUUUCUAUAAGUUAAACACCCGCAUCGUCCCAGAUUUGAAUUUUACAGUGUUUUACCUAUCCGUCAUUGAGUGCGUUUUAAUCUGAACCCAGACACAGGUAGAUUACUACGAACCAGUUUACUUGGUUUUUACUUUGGGACAUUCUUGAGAUGCUGAAAGCUUAAUGCAUGGGCGUAUCGCAAUGUAGGCUACUAUGACGGCUUAGUAAACGGUUUGCCAUGUUUUGUUUUCUUGCCGACUUGUCAGCUGAAACCCUUUCCCUUCCAAGAUAUAUAUAUAUAUAUAUUGCCUAUUGUCAGAGAAGAAUUGUCCGUUUAUUCUUUCACGCAUAGGUACGGUAUAUCCGUUUAUUGCGAUGAUAGUACAGUCCGCAAUAGACUACACCUGCUGACAUUCCCCAUGAGAACACCGAUUAGGCUAUUAUCCUGUUGGUUGUAUUUACAUGUGUAGUCAGUCUAUGACUAUAAAAAAAACACAAGGCUACAAUAAAACGAUACAUUAUAUCAAAUUGAGUCAUUUAUGUACGUUUUAUUUAUUUAUGUCAUUGUGUUGAUCUUGUAAAUCAACAGUAGGUGGCGCCAGAUCGCCUUUGAUUCCAUUCAUAACGUUGUAACCAUGGUUUCUAUAGUUGAAUAGCAGCUAGACCAGAUUCUAUUAAGAUGAACAUGUACCAGGUCCCCAACCCUGGCCUGCCGGGAUGCCCACCCGGGUUAGAAUAUCUAACACAGGUUGAUCAGCUACUCAUCAAACAGAAAGUCGAGUUUAUUGAAGCCCUGGCUGGCUUUGAGAGCAACAACAAGUAUGAGGUGCGUAAUGCCAUGGGUCAGAACGUGUUCUAUGCUGUGGAGGAGAAUGACUGUCUUAGCAGGCAGUGCUGCGGACCGCUACGAUCCUUCACAAUAAAAGUCCUUGACAACUUUGGACAGGAGGUCAUCACAGUCACCAGACCUCUCAAGUGCAUGUCCUGUUUCUUCCCCUGCUGUCUGCAAGAGCUGGAGGUGCAGGCCCCCCCAGGGAACACGGUAGGCUACGUGGUCCAGCAGUGGCACCCCUUCUCCCCCAAGUUCAUCAUAGAGAAUGAACACAGAGAGGCUGUGCUGAGGCUGCACGGACCCUUCUGUGGCUGGAGUUGCUUGCCUGACGUUGACUUUGAGAUAGUGACCAUGGAUGAAGUGGAUAAGAUAGGGAAGAUCAGCAAGCAGUGGACCGGUCUACUCCGUGAGGCGUUCACGGACGCUGAUAACUUUGGAAUCCAGUUCCCCAUGGAUCUUGACGUGAAGAUGAAGGCUGUGAUGAUAGGAGCUUGUUUCCUCAUCGAUUUCAUGUUCUUUGAGAGCGGUAACCAACCCUAGCAGCUGAGGAGUAGUCUACAUCUCAGACAGUCUGCACUCCUGGAGCUAUAACUUCCUGCUGGUCAUGGACAAGGUCUCAGAUAGACAUGGCACUAUGUGUGACAUAUCUUGUUGGCAUAGUAAGAACCAUAGAAAUAGAUGUACCAAGGGAUUACAGGUGAAUGUAAUGUAAUGGCCGCUGGCACUAGUUUUAGCUUCUGGGGUUGGUACACAUUGCAGCUAAACCAGUCAAACCAGGUGUGUCAGUGUCCAUUGUUCUGUAUGUAUUAAGAGAUUGUAUAUAAAGGCGUGUUCGUAUGUUUUUACAGUGUGUACAUUGUGGUUGCGUUGCCCACAACCCUCAGUCUGAUAAAGGGUUGUGUGGUACCACUUUACCCAUUUGCCACAAGUGAAAAUAAAAUGAACACCGUCUUUAUCUAAACCACUAUGCUGAAGGGAACGUGAAAAGGAAAUGAGAGAUGAAGAAAUGCUCUGUAGCUUAAAGAAGAAAUCUACAAAAACAUGUUAUAUUUUUUGGUAAAUCGGAAGACCUUAAUAUGUUCUUGUGUCAACAGUAUAUUAAGUUACUGUGCUACUGUGUUUUGCUCGAGACAUGUAGUAUUUUGAGACUUUUGAUAUUUUAUUUAUUUAUUUGUGUAUUUAUGUAACUUAAUAUUGUUUAUUGUUUUCAUGUGAUUGUAAUUUUGUUUGGAAAUUUGACAUAAUAUUCAGUAUUAAAAACAUCCUCCAGUGAUUUCUGAA